GCGCGGUGUCUGGGGCAGCCAUGGUACCGGUGAUGCUUGUGGUGGGGCUCGGCAUUGGGGCAUAUAUACUCAUCUAUUUCAACUUGAUUAGAGGAAGGCAAUGCCGGAGCGACGCCAGCCUGAAGGGCAAGACUGUCAUAGUGACGGGAGCGAAUGUUGGCAUUGGGAAAAUGACAGCACUGGACAUGGCUAAGAGGGGAGCGCGCGUUAUCCUGGCGUGUCGGGUCAAAGAGACAGGAGAGGCUGCUGCCUAUGACAUAAGAAAGCUCUCGGGAAACAAUCAGGUGGUUUUCAUGAAACUUGAUCUGGCCAGCCUAGAGUCAGUCAGGUCCUUCUGCAGAGCAUUCCUCAGUAGUGAGCCUCGCCUGGACAUACUUAUCAACAACGCAGGUCUCAGUGGCUUCGGAAAGACUGCAGAAGGAUAUAACAUUGUAUUUGGGGUCAACCACCUUGGACAUUUCCUCCUGACUUCCUUGCUUCUGGACCGACUCAAACAGAGCACCCCUAGCCGCAUUGUGGUUUUAGCAUCCUAUGCCCACGAAUGGGGAAAGAUUGAUUUCAAUAAGAUCAGUGUCCCAUCAGAACAUGUGAAAGACACACUUCAGUCAUACUGUGACAGCAAGCUGUGCAAUGUCCUCUUUGCUCGGGAGCUCGCCAACAGAUUGCAGGGGACCAGCGUGACUUGUUACUCCGUUCAUCCAGGAACUGUACACACAAACCUCGCACGCAGCUUGCCAAGCUGGAUAAAAGUACUUAUUGAACCAGUUUCUUGGCUCUUUCUCCGUACACCCAUGAAUGGAGCACAAACCUCCAUAUACUGUGCUGUACAAGAGGGCAUUGAAAUGUACAGUGGUCGCUACUUUGACAAUUGCCAGGUUAGACAGGUAAAGCCUCACGCUCGGGACGACGCUGUGGCCAAGAAGCUCUGGGAAGUUAGUGAGAGGAUGACCGGAUUGGCCAGCUGAAUUCUCUCAUCAAGUGCAGCAAUCUCUAAAAAGUAUAAUCUACCUUUAACUAAGAAGAGGUAUCUACUGUUUAUGCAUUCCAGAUAUAGGGAACACCAGUGGGGGUUAAGAUGUUGGGGAAUUCUAGAUACCCUGACUUUAUGUACAAAAGAGAACAUACAAGUCAAACUAUUAAGCUGCCCAUACAUGCACCGAUGAUAUCGUUUGUACGAUAUUAGGUGUGUGUAUGGCAAGUCGGCGAGGCGACUGAUAUUGCAGAAGACUGUGGAUAUCGGUCGACUCGCCGAUCAGGCGGGUUAAAAGAUUUUAACCAGGUGCCAUUAAAGACACCUGAGCAAAAUCUACUUUUAGGGCUGAAUCGCCAGAAAAAAUCCUGUUGUUUCUACCUCCAUAUCUGGCGAUUCAUCCCUGAAUGUCUGUGGAGAGUGGGAACGAUCUUUCAUGUGACCAUCGAAAAUCGCCACGUGUGGUCACCUUUAGUGCUGGUAGAAAAAACUGUACAACUACUCAAUAUGAGAUAAACUUACCACCCCCCCAGGUUGAUAUUUCUUUUCAGUCCCUCUCUUUAAUUGCCAGUGAUCUCAACUAGUUGCAGAUUGUUCUAAUCUACAUCAUGAUAUCAUCAGCAACUACCCCUUUAAAGGGACAGUAACACCAAAAAGUGUAUAGAAGUAAUUACUAUAUAAUGUAAUGCUGCCCUGUACUGGUACAAUUGGUGUGUUUUCCUUAGAAAGACUACUAUAGUUUAUAUAAUAAAGCUGCUGUGUAGCUACGGGGGCAGCCAUUUACAGGAGAAAAGGCACAGGUUACUUAGCAGAUAACAGAUAAAACCCCAUUAUAUUCUACAAAGCUUAUCUGUUAUCUGCUAUGUGCCUGUGCCUGUGCCUUUUCUCCUUUUUCCCAGCUUCAAUGGCUGCCUCCGUGUUGACAUAGCAGCUCAUUUAUAUAAACUAUAGUAGCGUUUCUGUUGCUAACUUACCAGUUUUACCAACGCAGGGCAACCGUACAUUAUAUUUUAAUUACUUUAAAACACUUUCAUUUUUUGGUGUUACUGUUCCUUUAAUCAUUCGACACAAAUACACACUCUGAUACCUAAGCCCAAAGUAGACUUUUGCACCAUAGGAUAUUAUAAAAGUUGCUGCGACUUUUACAAAGGGGAUACCAUGAGGCAGCUCACAGGGGGAGCAAAAACAUUUUUAACCAAGUUCUGUUAAUUUUUUGUUGUAGAAAUCACUUGACAUUCCUAUUAAUAUGUGGAUGUGAAUUAUGGAUUUGUGGAUAAACUGUUUCCUUAUAAGGAAAUAAACAAACUUCCGCCUUACUCUAAAAUAAAAGGUUUAAAUUCUG